AUGACCAACUACCAGUACACAAUUGCCCUCAUGGUCUUCCUUGUCUCCUACACGGUGUUCGAGGCUCCAAGCAACCUGGCGCUGAAGGUGUUUUCACCAAACAAAUGGCUAGGCUUCCUCAUCAUCGGAUUUGGCAGCUUUUGUACCGGCAUCGGUGGCGCCAACAGCUUUGCCUCCGUCACGGUUCUCCGAUUCUUUCUCGGAGCGUUCGAAUCAGGGGUGUUUGCUGGAAUGAUCUUCUACAUGAGCUUCUGGUACAGACCCGAGGAACGUGCCUUUCGCAUAGCCAUUUUCCUCGGAAGUGCCACCCUUGCCGGUGCUUUCGGAGGGUAUGUCUCGCGAGACCAGAUUGUUCUAUGA